AUGAAGUCUUUUGCAGCAAUUGGCGUGUUGGUGUCUUUUUUCUCUGGCCAGCAAGUGGUGGCGAACAAGGAUGUCGUCACACUUUACGCCAAGUCCAACGCAUAUAUCCAGGAGGCUUCAGCAACUCUUGUUCUUGGAGAUGUUCCCAAUCCCAUUACUGGAGAUGUAGCUCUAUGGAGCGCCAUUAUGAUGGAAAAUCAGGCCUCUUUCCUCCAAGGAGUUACUGAGAAUGCUCCUGCCGGUUUGGGAUACUGCGACAAUCUUGGAAAGCAAUGGUGCAACUUUGCGUAUGCCCUUAUCAACGGGAGCUCCGAGCCAAAGAAUGGCAACCCUGUCAAAGCGGCACCUGGCUCUCGAGUCAAGACGCAUUACAAACUUAACUCCUCCACCCAGGAAUGGGAUCAGGAUGUUUACAUCGACAACCAACUUGUCUCUAGCAUCUCUACCAGUAAGGGACAGCAUGGAUGGAUUUUCUACAUUUCUGUCGAGUGCGCAGCGGGAACUUGCUCUACUGCCCCAGCUCACAGCUGGGAAGACGUUACCAUCACGCUCAGUCAAGCUGAUCCAAGCUUUGGCCAUACGGGUAACUGGGAUCAGGGAGCUACGGGGGGAGAAAUGUCAACAUCCGACGGAGGCAAAACUUGGAAGCUCACCUCGCUUGAGAUUCCAGCAAUCAACGCUUAG